CUUCUCUCCUUUCGUCCCCUUUUCUCUCCAACAAUUCUCGAGCUUCAGUUUUUCUUUCCCCUUUCUUUUCGCUCUCUUCCGUAGAACUCUCUCAGUGUGAGAGAGAGCUGUCUUCUCGGCUCAACCUUUCUUCUUCUCACUUUCCUUUUCCUCCUGUUCCUUGAUGCCAACUUCCAACCUCAAGCUAUUGUGAAUUUCUCGCUUUCCUCUGUUCUGUCUCCCCUUUCAUAUUACCCUUCUUUUUGAUUCUUCGGUCUUUCAAUUGCGGUGUGGCGGGAUCGCAGUUUGUCUUUUCCCGUUUCGGGUUACUGGAGAAAGGAUCAGAAGAACUAUGAAUCCCGGCAAUGGAAGGGGUGUUGUCUCUUCUGUUAGCUCUAGGGUUAGCAGGAAAUCUAGUGAAACCGUCCCUGAUCAGUUCCCGGUGGGGCUCCGUGUUAUGGUCGUCGAUGACGAUCCCACUUGCCUUAUGAUCCUGGAAAAGAUGCUCAGAACUUGCAAGUAUGAAGUGAAAAGAUGCAGUAGAGCAGAAGAAGCCCUAUCAAUCCUACGAGGGAAUAGCAAUGGCUAUGAUGUCGUCAUUAGUGAUGUUCAUAUGCCAGACAUGGACGGAUUCAAGCUGUUGGAGCAGGUUGGUCUGGAAAUGGAUCUUCCCGUUAUAAUGAUGUCCGCGGAUGACUCAAAGAGUGUGGUGAUGAAGGGAGUAACUCAUGGUGCUUGUGAUUACCUGAUAAAGCCGGUCCGGAUCGAGGCUUUGAAGAACAUAUGGCAGCAUGUCGUACGAAAGCGAAAGAAUGAGUGGAAGGAAGUGGAGCAACAGUCUGGGAGUGCGGAUGACGGACAGCCGAAGCAAUCGGAGGAUGGUGAUUACUCGUCCUCGGUCAAUGAAGGCAGUUGGAGAAACUCGAAGAGAAGGAAAGAUGACGAUGAGGAUGGAGAGGAUAGGGAUGACACUUCCACGUUGAAGAAGCCUCGUGUGGUUUGGUCCGUGGAGUUGCAUCAACAGUUCGUUGGUGCUGUCAAUCAGCUUGGAAUUGACAAAGCUGUGCCAAAGAAAAUUCUUGAGUUGAUGAAUGUGCCUGGACUCACUAGAGAAAAUGUUGCUAGCCACCUUCAGAAAUAUCGAUUGUAUCUGAGAAGGCUAAGUGGUGUUUCUCAGCACCAGAAUAAUUUGGGCAGCCCUUUCAUGAACCCUCAAGAUCCCGGAUACGGACCAUUAUCCACUCUCAAUGGAAUAGACUUGCAAACCUUGGCAGCAACCGGUCAGCUGCCAGCGCAAAGCCUCGCUAAUCUUCAAGCAGCUGGAUUAGGUCGAGCAGCAAUAGCACCCAAAUCCAGGAUUCCAAUCCCAGUGGUGGAUCAGAGGAACCUCUUCAGCUUUGAAAACCCUAAGCUUACAUUUGGGGAUACCCAACAGCAGCCACAACAUUUGAACAAUGGAGGGAAGCAAAUCAACUUGCUUCAUGGAAUCCCAACCAACAUGGAGCCCAAGCAGCUCGUGAAUCUGCACCACCAGGGAAAUUCAAUUCCAGCUGUUCAGAGUGUUCAAAGUGUACACAAUGGGUCCUAUCAACCGCAGUCAAGAGUGCAGCAGCCAAUGGGUAACUAUAAUCCAGUUUCUCACACUUCACCAAUGAUUAAUUUUCCAUUAAGCAGCAUCUAUCCUCUCCCAAAUAAUCCAGCCAAAGGUGGAUUUCCAGAAGAUGUGACCUCAGAAAUGAAGGGAUCAACACCCGGAUUCGUGCCUAGCUAUGAUAUCUUCAACGAGUUAAAUCACCAACAGAAGGUCCACGAUUGGGAACUGCAGAAUGUAGGGUUGACAUUCAAUGCUACUCAGCAAGCUAAUAAUAGCAUAGAUGUUGUUGGGACUUCAAUCGUAGGAUCUCCCCAUCAGGCCUUCCCAUCAUCGAGCCAAGGAAGUGGUCUGUCUAGGAAUGCAUCUGUUGUUCAUGCGAACAACAAUAAUAAUGCAAUAAGCAUGGGGCAACAUCAUAUGAGCAAUAAUAACUUCUACCACGAGAAUAAUCCAGUUAGGGUUAAGCUCGAAACCCCAUUGUUUCCAGAGCAAUUUGGUCAGGAUGAUCUCAUGAGUGCUCUGCUCAAGCAACAACAAGGAGGGAUAGUACCAGCGGAGAAUGACUUUGAUUUCGACGGGUAUUCCAUAGACAAUAUUCCGGUCUAGGAGUGAACAGAUGAAGAUUCAAGCAUGCGUGAGUUCACUCCCUUGUGGCGAUGGCCAUUGCUGAUGUACAUAACUGUUGUUUCCUGUGGACCCUCCGAAUUUUCUCUUCAACGACAGCAGCAUAGCAAAUUCGAAAGUUAUAGUAGUUUCUUUGUUAGAAGGAAAGAGUUGCCUGCAUUUGACCGACGUAGCUGCAUUUCACCUGUGAAUAUACGAGGACAGGCUCUCUGCUGGGUCUCUAUUGAACGUGGUGUCGUAUAGAAGAACACGAUCGAUCAAAAAGAUCACCAGCAGCAGCAUGAUAUUAUGCUAAAGGCAUUCCCAUGCAAAAUUUUGGAUGGAACUAUUCGGGAGGAAAGUCCAGCAGAAGCAAAAGAGGAACCAAAAGAAAUCUAAUUCUUAGGAGGGUGGAAAUGAACAGACUUGUGGUAUUUGAGCUCUUAGAAAAGUUGAAAUUCAGUGAAGAAUUGAUUCAUAAGCUUAAGUAGAAGGGUUGCAGAAGGAAUGUAGUGCUGCCUUUUCGUUCCCCCAUUUUUCUAACCUCUUAAUAAUACAUUUGUUAGGAUUUCAGUUUGCUUUUUGAUUUCCAGCUUCUUUUCAUAUUUGUUAUUUGAGGAAGCUGACCCGUGCUGUACAUACAAUCUCUUCACCCCCAUUUGAUCCCUUCUUUCCUGGUAUAUUUCCCCCCAGGAUGUUUCAUUUUAUCUUCAUCUUCCCUUUUGUACUUGGAAUUUAUUGCCGGAGUCUUUCUCAUGUUCUUAUAUUAUUAAAGCUCCUGCUUUGUGUUUCCGAGUUGUAGACAGAAGCAACAUUGUACUGAGCUUUUCUGAAUUUGAAAUGAAUUAUUUGUCUACAAUUGUAUUAACAUGGUACAAGGAUCAAGCAAGGA